AUGCCGCCAGCAACUCUCAAGAUGCCCGAAGUCAUUGACCUGAUCUCCUCAGAUCCACCUAUUUCUGAAAGGGAUCAACUGCGGCAGACGCAACUGUUAUCCCGCCGCACACCUACUAAACCUCCGUCCAAUCUCCAGGAAGUGAUCUCGUCCGACCCUAUCGAUGCCCCAUGUUUCACAUAUAAUGAUGCGCUUCAGUUUGACCAGCCAGCAAAAAAGCGACGCGUUAGCAAAGACAUCUCCCCUCUCCGACAAUCAACCACUGUAAAAGAUGUGGCGGGACCAAAUCUUCGUUCCUCUUUCCUGUUCUCGGACGAUGAUUUCAGCUUGCCACCUUUCAAUCCCGCCGCAUCGAGAAAGGAUUCAAAAAUCAUUGGAGACGAAUCCGAUCCCAUUAUGUUUACCUCAUCUGCACCUGAGCUCUCCACCAAAAUCAAACAGAAAUCAAAUCUCUCUACUGGUGCUAAAGCAAACACGCAGUAUUCUGAUAUCAUUACUCUUGAUGACGACGACGAAGAUCCGUGGAAAAAAGCUGCGAAAAAUCAAGCUCCCACUGUAUUGACGCAGGAGAGUAUUGACGAAUUUAGCGAUCCUUUCUCCAUGCCUGGGUUUGCGGAAAUGAUUGGCCUAUCGCAACCUGGCAAAACAGCCUGCAAAACAGUCUUUUCCAGCAAGACUGCCAGGCUGCUGUCUACAUUGAAUACGAAACACAAUAAGCCUAAACCAACUGGAACUUCAGAAUUGCCUGGAGCUAGAAAAGAUCAGGUGACUAAUAAUAUUUGUACCUUUUCUGACUCCGAUGACUUGGACUUAGACGAGCCUGUCGAGCCACGGCGACAUGCCAAAAAAUCCAGCAAGACUUCAACAGAAGACAAGGAGGCAAAGGCAAACGCGCGGGCAGCCCUCAAAAUGAAAAAAGAUCAAGAGCGUCAGCUCGAGAAGGAGCGGAAGCAGCAGCUCAAGGAAGAAAAGACCAAGCAGAAACAGUUAGCAGCGGAUAUCUCCGAGGUGAACAAAUUGAAGGUUGAUAAGAAAGAUUCCACGCCAGAGAUGAUAAUUGACAUAUCAGCGUCCAUGGAGGGAACCAGUGUGGGGAAUCAAACUGUCGAGUACAUGAAGCGCCUUGGAGUUGAGCAUAACUUUGUUACAAGCCCGGUUCCGAAUAUUGUCAAAUGGCGACGAAAGAUGAAUGCCACGUACAAUGAAGAUGCUGGUCACUGGGAACCAUGUCCAUCACACAUAAAAGAGGAGAAAAAUAUUUUAUGCUUGGUUUCCGCACAGGAUUUUGUUGAUAUGGUGAUUACAUCCCCAGAUGGCGAGGAAGAAGAGUCACUGGACGUUCACGUUUUGAAAGUGAGAAGCCUAUACCCGGAUUGCAAGCCGAUCUACCUCAUUGAAGGUCUGAUGUCUUGGAUGCGCAAAAAUCGCAACUCGCGAAAUAGAGCGUAUCAAGCCGAAGUCCUGCGUCAAUAUGACGAGUCUCUUCAUACCCCUGCAGAUGCCCCUGAUCCGCCCCGUCGACGGGGCAGGAAGCCCAAGAAUAAACCAGAGACCACCCCACCUGUUGAUGACGAUACAAUCGAAGAUGCCCUACUUACAUUGCAAGUGGCGCAUUCGUGCUUGAUCCAUCAUACCAAUGCACCGCCGGAGUCCGCAGAGUGGAUUAAAAACUUCACCGAGCACAUUUCUACCAUUCCAUAUCGACGGGAGCGCAUGGAAGGUAACGAUGCCGCUUUUUGCAUGGACGUUGGUCAAGUCAAGUCUGGAGAAGAUAAACAUGACACUUUCGUGAAAAUGCUCCAGGAAGUGAACCGAGUCACUGCUUCCAUGGCAUAUGGUAUCAUGAAUCAAUACCCUUCUGCAACCGACCUAAGCCUGGGAAUGCACAUACACGGGCCUAAGAUGCUGGAGGAUGUAAAGAAAUCCGCAAAUAAAAAUGGCGGGUUGGCAGACUCGCGCAUUGGCCCUGCCGCUAGUAAACGGCUUUACAAAGUGUUUACAGGCCUAGACCCGACUUCCGCAGAUGUAUAG